AUGGCUUCCACGUGUCUUACGUCGCAGCAUCCCGUAGGGCUCGGCGCACCAGAAGCUGCCUGUAGCACACUCCUUUCUCGCUCCUCGUGUUCUAGGCUUAUAACGAGUAUUCGCAAAAGAAGCCUGCAACCAGCAGCUGUCUGCAGACCAAUUGCUGCUCGUCCUUCAAUACAAUCACUUCGCGACUACAACCCUGCAAGCUGGACCCGCGUCGCUACACGCAGAUCGCGUAACCCGCCUCUCAGCCCCACAGCUGCACCCCUUUCAAGAUUGCCCACAGCCACAGGGGAACGAUUUCUUUCUUCACGGAUCAGCCACAGCGGUAGUCCCAAGGCAGGACUGACGUCACGGGGGCGCCUGAUCCCCGUAGCGAUUGGCCACAGUGGCAGUUUCAAGGCCAGUGGCGGCAGUAACGGUUCGUGUAGAAGCAGGAGUGACGUCAGUGCUGACGUACCCGUCAUCGCCGAAGCUUCUGCGGAACCUACGCCAGGGAAUCCCAGGGAUCGCCGUUUGGAGGCAGAUGGGAGCAGAUUGAGAGAGAAACCAGUGGAGGAAGAUGAGGUGCAGAGAGAGGGGCAGCAGGGCACAGAUAAGCGUGUGGAGUCGUGUGGUAACUGUCCGAGUGAGGGAUUGCAGGGGACGGGGAUGUACGAGGACGAUACUGGGGAAGGUGACACUGAAGCGGAUCAGUUUGUAAUGAGGACGUUGCUGAUUGACAACUAUGACAGCUACACCUUCAACCUCUACCACUUGCUAGCCGACGUGAAUGGAGUCCCCCCAGUGGUGGUGAGAAACAACGAGGUAUCUUGGGAGUACCUCAGGCACCUGCUGCUACACCAGCGCCUCUUCCACUCUAUUGUCAUCUCGCCCGGCCCCGGCACGCCCUGCUGCGCUGCUGAUAUCGGCGUGUGUGCGGACGUGCUAAGGGAGUGUACGGACAUCCCGAUUCUCGGAGUGUGCAUGGGCCAUCAGGCCCUGGCAACCCUGAACGGAGGCCAGGUGGUGCCGGCACCAGAGCCUGUGCAUGGAAGGCUCAGUGGUGUGGAGCACACGGGUCAUCCUCUCUUCACCAACAUUCCGUCUGGCCCUCUUUUCCAGGUGGUGCGCUAUCACUCCCUUGCUGUCGAUGGGAUUUCACUUCCCACCGACUUAGAACCCAUCGCCUGGACCACCAAUGACCCUCUCUCCACCCACAUCGCCUCACCUGGGGCACCAGCAGCCACACCAAGUUCUGUUGGGGGCGCACAGGCAGCGAAUGGGGCGAUGAUUGCAGGAGCAGAGGUGGCUGUGAACGGGGCUUGUAGGGGUACGGAGCCAGGAGGUGAUGUGGGGAAAGGAGCGCCAAGUGGGAACGCUGUGGUUCUGUGUGUGCCGGCCAGAGACGGCUCUAUGGUGUGCGGCAGAGACAUGGAUCUGGGCGGCAGUGCCAUGGAUCUGGGCGGCAGAGACAUGGAUCUGGGCGGCAGAGACUUGGAUCUGGGCGGCAUUGAUUCGGGCGCUGUGCUUGCAGCAUUCAGGCGAUGUGAUGUGACUAUGGUGAAGGAAGGGACGUGGGAGGGUGGCAUUUUCAGCUUCCUCAAAGAGCACCUGCAGCAGCACCAGUGCGCACCACACGAGGCGGCUGUUCUGCCUUUCGACUUCUGUGGCGGCUGGGUCGGCUAUUUUGGGUACGAGCUGAAGAGGGAGUGCGGUGCAGACCACAACCGCCACAGGUCGCCCUUCCCGGACGCGGCUCUUUUCUGUGUGGACCGAUGGGUGGUGCUUGAUCAUGGGCGAGGGGACGUGUAUGUGUGUGCUGUGGAGGAGGGUAGAAGGGGGGAAGAGGGUGGGGAAAAAGAGGAGGAGAGGGGGAAAGAUGUGCUUAGAAGUGGGGAAAGAGAGGAGAUAGGUGAGGGGAGAGGAGAGGGUAGGAACGAGAGCAGGAGUUGCAGCGGCGGUGGUACAAGUGCCGGUGCGUAUGCCGCUCAUGUGCUUCGGUGCGGUGCAGAUAGGGGAGAAUGGGGAGGGGCUGGAGGAGGGGAGGGUGAGAGAGGAGGUGGGGAGACAGCAGGGGGCAGCAGCAGGGAUGAAGCAGAGGGGGGGAGUGGAAAGGAAACGGAUGGGUGCAGAUGGGUGGCAGAGGCGAGUGAGAAGCUGAUGGCUUUGGUGGAGAGAGGGGUUUCUGAGGCGAGUGGGGCAGAGGUAGAGGCUGCCACAGAGGCAGUGCAUUUGAGAGAAGCUGUAGAAGGGGGAUUUGCAGUACAGUCAGCUGGAGGGAAUUCGGCAAGAGCAGAUGCUGAGGGCCUCACAGUUCUGUCAGAGCCCCUGGUGCUGGAGAGGUGUAGAGAGCGGUACAAGGCUGAUGUAGCGCGGUGCCUGGGGGAGAUUGCCAAGGGAGAGAGCUAUGAGCUGUGCCUCACCACCCGCCUUGAGAGUGAAUCUCAGCCGUCACAUCCGCUCGGGGCGUAUUUACGGCUGAGGGAGAGGAACCCUGCUCCGUUUGCUGCUUGGAUGUGCAUGGGUGAGAUAAGUCCAUACUCCAUGAGUGAGGUGGGGGAGCCAAAAUUGAGUGACGGAACAGUGCAGUGGGGGAAAGAGGAGGACGAGGGGGGGGGAGUGGGGAAAGAGCCAAAGUUUGUGGGGGAAGAAGAGGAGAACCAGCAGCAGCGGCACGACCACCAACACCACCGCCGCCGCCGCCACCACCAAAACCACUCUGUGCUCCGCUCCCCUUUUGCCCUCUGCUGCUCCUCUCCUGAGCGGUUCCUGCGGGGCGACAGGCGCGGCAUGCUGUGGGCGAAGCCCAUCAAGGGCACUGUGAGGCGGGGGGCGACGGAGGAGGAGGAUGAGUGGCUGAAGAGAGAGCUGAUGUGCAGAGGUAGAGGAGGGAGGAAUCGAGUGCAUGUACGUAGAAUAGCCAUGCUGUGGGCGAAGCCCAUCAAGAACACCAUGGGGCAUGGGGCGACGGAGGAGGAGGAGGAGGAGGAGGAGGAGGAGGAGGAGGAGGAGGAGGAGGAGGAGGAGGAGGAGGAGGAGGAGGAGGAGGAGGAGGAGGAGGAGGAGGAGGAGGAGGAGGAGGAGGAGGAGGAGGAGGAGGAGGAGGAGGAGGAGGAGGAGGAGGAGGAGGAGGAGGAGGAGGAGGAGGAGGAGGAGGAGGAGGAGGAGGAGGAGGAGGAGGAGGAGGAGGAGGAGGAGGAGGAGGAGGAGGAGGAGGAGGAGGAGGAGGAGGAGGAGGAGGAGGAGGAGGAGGAGGAGGAGGAGGAGGAGGAGGAGGAGGAGGAGGAGGAGGAGGAGGAGGAGGAGGAGGAGGAGGAGGAGGAGGAGGAGGAGGAGGAGGAGGAGGAGGAGGAGGAGGAGGAGGAGGAGGAGGAGGAGGAGGAGGAGGAGGAGGAGGAGGAGGAGGAGGAGGAGGAGGAGGAGGAGGAGGAGGAGGAGGAGGAGGAGGAGGAGGAGGAGGAGGAGGAGGAGGAGGAGGAGGAGGAGGAGGAGGAGGAGGAGGAGGAGGAGGAGGAGGAGGAGGAGGAGGAGGAGGAGGAGGAGGAGGAGGAGGAGGAGGAGGAGGAGGAGGAGGAGGAGGAGGAGGAGGAGGAGGAGGAGGAGGAGGAGGAGGAGGAGGAGGAGGAGGAGGAGGAGGAGGAGGAGGAGGAGGAGCAGCAGCAGCAGCAGCAGCAGCAGCAGCAGCAGCAGCAGCAGCAGCAGCAGCAGCAGCAGCAGCAGCAGCAGCAGCAGCGGCUCAAGGGAGAGCAACUGAUCUCAACCGUCGGAUCGGUGCACGUCCCGUCUCUCAUGGCCGUUGAAUCCUACGCCACUGUUCACCAGCUCGUGAGCACUGUAGCAGCGCAACGCCGCCCGGACCUCUCCCCACUGGCCUGCAUCCGGGCGGCGUUUCCGGGCGGCUCGAUGACCGGGGCACCAAAGAUAAGAUCUAUGGAGAUUCUGGAUGAGAUUGAAGGGUCGGCGAGGGGACCUUAUUCGGGAGCCUUGGGGUUCGUUUCAUUUUCGGGCACCUUUGAUUUGAAUAUUGUGAUUCGAACGGCUGUGAUGGGUGGAGAGCUGGGGGUGGAGUUGGAGAGGGAGGCACGGGCAGGGGAGGAUGGGGAGGCAGAGGAGGGAGGAGUGAAGGCCUGGGAAGGGGACGGAGGAGGAGCGAGUGGAGAAGAGGAAUGGAUAGAGGGUAAGGGGGAGAAUGGGGCAAGAAGGGCUGCUGUGGAUUGGAAGAGGGCCAGACGAAAGGGCAGGACGAUGAUUGGAGCAGGAGGGGCGGUAGUGAUGUUAUCGCAACCAGAGAGUGAGUUUGAAGAGAUGGUGCUUAAAGCUAGAUCAGCCCACUUCCUCAGCUCCUCACUGCUUCUGCACUCGCUCGGCGGCGAAGGCGCGUGGUCCAGACAAGCAAGCAACGCGCGCCGUCGCUCCUGCAGCACGAUCGUCCACGCCAUGGCUGCAGCAGUGCUGCCAGAGAACAGCCCCGUGGUCUCCCCUGCCUGGCUGCAUGACAACCUCUCCAAAGUCAAGGUCCUGGACGCCUCGUGGUACAUGCCUGCAGAGAAACGCCAGCCGUUUGAGGAGUUUCAGCAUGGGAGGAUCCCAGGAGCAAUCUUCUUUGAUAUUGACGCCAUUGCUGACCCCACCACAGAUCUUCCCCACAUGCUGCCGACAGAGGCCGCCUUUUCUGCAGCUGCGUCAGCUUUGGGUUUGUCAUCUAGUGACAGCAUAGUGGUGUACGAUGGCAAGGGACUCUUCAGCGCCGCCAGAGCGUGGUGGAUGUUCCGUGCAUUCGGACAGCCACACGUGGCAGUGCUGGACGGCGGGCUGCCAGCCUGGCGGGCGGCAGGCUACCCAGUGGAGGCAGAGCCGUCAGACAAGGCGACCGGGCGGCACAAGGCGGCUGCUACUGCCAUCAAGGACAGUUACUCUACUAAGGCCGCAUCCAACCGCCUGCUCACUUUCAACGCCAAGCUGCAGCCCAACCUCAUCCUGUCCGUUGAUCAGGUGAAGGCUAAUAUCGAGAAUAAGGUGUAUCAACUCAGCGAUGCCCGUUCUGCUGGCAGGUUCAAGGGCGUAGACCCUGAGCCAAGGGCAGGAGUGCGAGGAGGAAGCAUCCCAGGAAGCUUCAACGUGCCAUUUCCCGAGGUCCUGACCCCACAGGGACAGCUAAAGCGUGCCUCAGACCUCACCCAAGCCUUCAAGAGUGCAGGAGUCAACAUCGAGGACCCAAAGCAGCCUCUCGCCGCCUCAUGCGGCACGGGAGUCACUGCAUGUGUGCUAGCUCUGCACCGACACACUCAUGCGCUGGAAUACAUCUCCUCACCCCUCCGUCUCCGCACCACUCACUCUGCCCUUCCCCUCACUUGUCCCUUUGCUCCCUUACUCUGGCCUCUGGCUCGCCUGGGUCGGUGGGAUGCUCUGGCUUGCCUGGGGCGGUGGGACGUGCCGGUGUAUGAUGGCUCGCGGACAGAGAGGGGUAGUGCUCCUCCUGUACAUCGUUUCCCUCACACUCUGCUAUUCUCUUCCUUAUACCCCCUUCUGCAACUCGUGUUCCUCCGUCUCUGCCCUCCCUCGCUGCAGGCUCUGGCUCAACUGGGUCGGUGGGACGUGCCCGUGUAUGACGGCUCGUGGACAGAGUGGGGUAGCCUGCAGGACACGCCAGUUGUCAAGGCAGAGUGA